AUGAGUGGAGUGAAAGAAAUUAAAUCACUAAUCAACAAGACCAAGAGCUAUCUUGAUCAACUUGAUUCGGUGAUAGAAGAGCGAGACAGAUUGAUAACGGUUUUAAAAUUAGUUCCGUCAUCUAACGACAAUUUGGAUUUGAUCAACUGUUUAAACAAAGUCAUUAAGAGUUUGAAUUACAUACAGAAUGAUAUUAUUAAUUUAAGCAAAAAGGGGACCACGAAGCCAGAAAUUUAUGAGGAGUUGGUGCAGGGCCUUGAAAAUUUGCACACUAGAUACCACCAGCUAACAAAUGACUUAACAGACGAUAUAUAUGUCGAUAUAAACGAAUAUGGGUUCGAAAAAAAGGAAAUACCCAAAAUAAACAUUCCAGGCAAGUCAGUGAGAUUUUCGGAUAAGGUUGAAGAAACAAGUCCUGUUCCGGAGGUUCAACAACAUUUCAAGCCUUACAGAGACGACGAGGAGUCCGUUGCGUCAUUUGAGAGUCAGACUAAUCCCCAAAUGUAUGCCCAGCACCAGCAACAGAUUAUCAAUCAAGAUGAAGACUUGGGAGUAUUGCAUAAUUCGGUUAGAAGGCAGCAUUCGAUGGGGUUGCAUAUUAACGAAGAGAUAGAUGACCAUUUGAUCAUGUUGAAUGAUUUAGAACUGGGGGUAGAACGUUCAAAGUAUAUGCUUAAUAGUGCCACCAAUAAGUUGAAAGGCUUUAGACAGAAGUGCCGUGAAAACGGAAGUUUGGUGACUAUUGUUGUUUUGACAGUAAUUUUGAUUUUAUUGUUGGUUGUUUUAAAUUAG